ACACCAAUUUCUUCAUCUUUUGCAACUUUGUCACUAUAACAUCAAAGCCAUUUGCCGAAUGAAAAUUUGCAAAUUGUGCAAACCCGUAUCACAGAAACUGCAAUAAAUCUCUCACAAAAAAAGAAACUCUCAACCUUAAAUUUUUCUCAUAGCAAAAAAGAAUGGCAGCGAUGUCAAUCACUACAAACGCCAUUUUGAACCUGUCAAAGGCACUUCCUCGACCCUCUUCAAUUUUCCUUCGCCGCAAUGUCUCCUUCUUUAACCCUUCGAAGACUAUUCCUCAAACAACCUCUCUUGUUAUUCGACACAAAAUCUCCCAUGUCUGCUUCUCAUCUUCCCCUAAUCAAUCUGAGGGACUCCAUGCAUCAGAAGAUUUAAAAAGAAGGCAAGACUUCGAUAGAGGUGUUAAAGAAGAGAAAUCUCCUAUGAGGGAGAUGGCUAAUAAAACAAAAGACGAUGUGAAAGAGUCCAUGGAUGAAACUAAGCGGACAGCCGAAGACAUGAAGGAGAAAACGAACCAAAGCGCAGAGAGCAUUAAGGACAAGACGAGCGACAUGGCGGGGAAGGUGGCCAACAAAGCUAAAGAAGGGAAAGACACGGCAGCCGAAAUGGCACACGACACUACAGAGAGGGAGAAAGAGCGAGCAAAUGACAUGAAGGAAAAGACUAAAGACACUGCAGGGUCCAUGGCUGACAAGACGAAAGAGUACACAGACGAUACAAAAGAGGCCACGAAAGAAGGAGCGAGCAAAGUUGCGGAGACAGCACAGGCAAUAGCUGAUAAAGCUAAGCAAACAAUGCAAGAUGCUAUGGGAGCGGCAAAGGAGACGACUCAGAAGAUUAAGGAAACCGUUGUCAGUUCGGACGAUGACAGGAAGUUCGCUGAGGAUUACAUGGAAGAUCAUAUGGGUAAUAGGAAGGAAGAUACGAGGGAGAAAACUAUGGAUGAAGAUGAGGUGGAGCAGAAGAGGAGGCGUGCAGGGGGAUCUGGUGAUCACAAGAAGCAUUGAGACGGCAAGUGGAAGUUUAAAUUGAAUAAUUUAGUGAAAUGUUUUUUUUUUUGCUAAUAUGUUUGAACUUAGUUCCUUUGCUUGCUUAUUUGUAAUACAAGCACGGACAUAUUCACUUA